AUGAAACACAUCCCCUGCCUUGGAAUCUUGCCUACCGAGCAUGACUAUACUGAAGAUGCGCUGAAGAAGACUUCUGAGCUACUGACCGAAAAUGCGGAAUACUAUUCAAUAUGGAAUUAUCGCCGUCUGAUUCUACAGUCUCAGCUUGACAACAUCAGUGCUACCGGCCCUGCCCAUCAUGCAGAGAGUAUCGGCCAACUGAUCCAGGAAGAAUUGACGUUCCUGGUGCCUCUUCUGAGGCAGUUCCCCAAGUGCUAUUGGAUCUGGAACCAUCGCCUGUGGGCCCUGAAGCAAACCGUGGGGCGGCUACCACUGCCUCAAGCACUGAGGUUUUGGCAGGAAGAGCUCGCGCUGGUGGGGAAGAUGCUGAGUCUGGACGCGAGAAAUUUCCAUGGCUGGGGUUAUCGCCGCGAGAUCGUGGACGUCCUGGAGUCCCUGGGCUCAGAGGCAGGAGAUCCAAGUGUAGAGGUAAAAGAGAAUCGUUUGACCGAAGACGAGUUAAACUACACCACAAAAAUGAUUGGGGCAAACUUGUCCAACUUUUCUGCCUGGCAUAACCGGUCAAAGUUGAUAUUAAAGAUGUUGGACGAACGCUCGGCUGAUGAUGCUGAAAGGAGAAAGAUGCUGGAUAACGAGCUCAAACUGAUACACCGUGCUCUAAUCGACCCGUAUGACCAAUCUUUGUGGUUUUACCACCAGAAUCUGAUGUGCACUUUGGACCGGGCCACGGCCCCCAAAGGUAUGGCUCCCAACCUGAGCGACGAGACGCGUCUCGAGUAUCUCAAAGGGGAAAUCGACGCGAUUACUGAGUUACUUGACGAGGAGGAAGACUGUAAAUGGAUCUACCAAGCGCUUCUAGAAUGCACGUUGAUUGUCUUGAACAUUCAGGGUGCGGUCUCGGCUCGGGUGAAGCGGGACAUCUCUGAUUGGCUCUCGAACUUGAAACGCCUUGAUCCGCUGAGGAGAGGUCGCUGGGAGGAUUUAGAGAGAUCGCUGAUGACUUGA